CCUUUUACCUUUUCUUCCCAUUCUCGGCGAACUGUAACUUGCUUGAUCAUGCCUACUGCCUCGGCUGUCACCACGCCACUGUUUGGCACCGUCGCUGGGAUUGUAGCUGUAUACCUUGGAUUCGUAUCUUUACUCACCAUUCCAGUCAUCCAAGACCAUGUGAUAUACCUGCACAAAGUUACUUUGACAUGGUCGCAAGAUGUCAACAUCCCAGAACAAUGGGGCUUCCUCCGAAACCAAGUCACUCCAUUUCACCUCAAGACACCCGAUGGGGAGACCUUAAAAGCAUGGCACAUUCUCCCGCUUCAAACAUACCACGAAAACAUCGAAGAGCUCAAAAGAGAACCGAUAGGUUUAUGCGAAAGCAUCAAAAAAAGCACCUCAAUAAAACUUCUCAAGGAAGAUCCAACAGCUCAGUUGGUUAUCUACUUCCAUGGCGCAGCGGGCACCUUAGGGUCUGGAUGGCGACCGCAAAGUUAUGGAGCCAUGUCCGCCGCAGCACCAAAUACGCACGUACUUGCAAUCGACUACAGAAGCUUUGGGUCAAGUACUGGGUGGCCUUCUGAAGCCGGGUUACUCACAGAUGCACUCACUCUCGCCAAGUUUGCUUUGGAUGACGUCGGGAUACCACCUGAUCGCAUAGUCGUCUUUGCUCAAUCCUUAGGCACUGCUGUUGCAACAACACUCGUGCAUACACUAGCACUACGACCAUAA